UAUGCUUAAAUUAAUUCUCCUUACAACUUCUCGCACCGCCGAUCGCCACCACUACCGCCGCCGUCGAUCUAGGGUUUUGACAAGCCGGUGACAUUACCCGGUAUGGAGGAUAAAGGCACAAUUACAAGCCCUAAAACCAUACAAGAACUAGCAGUAGAAGGGCAAAAGCAUUUAGAAGAUACAAUAGAAGCAGCACAUCAAAUUCUCUCCGCCAUGAACGAUGAACUCUGUAAUCCAUCACUUUGGUCCACUCUAAAUACAGCUGCUGCUUCUUCUGCGGUGGCGGUGGCCGGUGGAGGAGUUGGUGCUAGUGGUGUUUUGAGUAAUGGACAGCAGCACCAUACAAACGGCGACAUUUCGUCUGAUACUUCUUCGUCUUCUUCUGCUUCAGCUCAGCAUUUGGAUAUUGGUGGUGGUGCUCUUGAUGAAUCUCGUCUGCGUUAUAAGUCCUCUAUUGCUUCCUUGCGUUCUGUUCUUACUGCAAUUUCUAAUUCCCAAAAGGCAAAAGCAUUGGAAGCUGCUUCUGCUAGUGGUUCACUAUCUGCAGCAGAUCAAGCGGAAAUUGAGCAGCUGGAAGACCGGGCCUCUUCAUUAAAGAAGGAGCUUGUAGACAAGAACAAGCAUCUCAAACUUCUGAUUGACCAGCUUCGAGAUCUUCUUGCUGACCUAUGUACAUGGCAGAGUCCCUGUUCUACAUGACUCUGCUGCUAUAACUUCAACCAUACAAUUAAAUCGAAGUUACUGCUAGAUUCAAAAAAUUGGUCAUCGCCGGACACCUGCUAUAUGCUGCUCGCGGUGCGUUGUUUAUGUUGAGCUGAGAAUGUGUAGAAUAUGUAAUCUGUUAAGAGUGGGAAGACUGAAGAGGGAAAAGAGAAACCUUUUGAUCUUAACUAAUUAUGCUAAAUUUGUUUUGUUGUACACUAUAAUUGUCUAGUUGCAGCUAAUUGUGCCUUGGUUUGCUCUGUUGAUGAGCUUUCUGUUGAAGAAGCCCAUGAAAUUGUUUAGGAGCAUUACAAAUCUAUCAUAGAGCUUUUUGUUCAGGAGGCCUCAAAAACGAAAAAUAAUGUUAAGAGACCUUAUGAAUACAUUGUAUUACAGAUGUUUAUUAUACUGUUUUUGGGGAUUAGUUUGAAAUCAAAUAGACAAGUUGCAAGUA